GCUCAAGAUGUAAAAUGACUCGUUUGAACUACAGAAAGAUUCAUGCUGUUUGAUUCACUUCAGGCUUGUAUUAAAAUAUCACUGUUACCUGUGUGUGAUGAAGAUGGUUUGAGUUGAUGAUGAUGAUGAUACACUGCGUUCCUCUCUCUAGAUGUUUGGCAUCAUGAAGACUCACUCUCACAUUCUGGUUGAUAAUCUGGGGAAAACUGCGACGCGAGGAGAAGCCGUGGAUAUUAAAGAGUUCUUCGGGGCGUACAGUAUGGAUGUGGUGACCAGCACGGCGUUCAGCGUCGACAUCGACUCUCUCAACAACCCUAAAGACCCAUUUGUGACCAACAUCAAGAAAAUGCUGAAGUUUGACUUCCUGAACCCUCUGUUCCUGUUCACCGCUUUAUUUCCUUUCAUCACCCCUGUCCUGGAUAAAAUGGAUUAUGCCUUAUUCCCGACAUCUGUGACCGAUUUCUUCUACGCUGCCUUAAAGAAGAUCAAGUCCGAAAGAGUGGCCAAGGACCACAAGAAGAAGCGAGUGGACUUCCUGCAGCUGAUGGUCGAUUCUCAGACAGCAGGGAAAACUGAGCACGGAAGCAGCACCGAACACACAGAGAAAGGUCUGAGCGACCACGAGAUCCUCUCGCAGUCCAUGAUCUUCAUCUUCGCCGGGUAUGAGACCACCAGCAGCACUCUGUCCUUCUUCUUCUACAAUCUGGCAACCAACCCGGAGGCCAUGAAGAAACUGCAGGAGGAGAUCGACCAGACCUUCGCUGAUAAGGCUCCGGUGGACUAUGAAGCCGUCAUGAACAUGGAGUAUCUGGACGCGGCGCUGCACGAGUCUCUGCGGCUGUUCCCCGUCGCUGGUCGACUCGAGCGGGUCUGUAAGAAAACGGUGGAUAUCAACGGCCUCCUCAUCCCUAAAGACAUGGUGGUGAUGAUCCCGACAUACGCGCUCCACAGAGACCCGGAUUACUGGAGCGACCCGGAGAGCUUCAAACCCGAGAGGUUCACUAAAGACAACAAUGAGUCGAUCGACCCCUACAUGUACAUGCCCUUCGGUCUGGGGCCCAGGAACUGCAUCGGGAUGAGGUUUGCUCAGGUGACCAUGAAGCUGGCCAUCGUGGAGAUCCUGCAGAGGUUCGACAUCUCCGUCUGUGACCAGACUCAGGUUCCUCUGGAGCUCGGCAUCAACGGUUUCCUUUCUCCCAAAGAGCCCAUCAAACUCAAGCUCAAGCCUCGGAAAGUUUCCCUCACAGAAGAUAUCUGUAACAACAACACAUCGUAGAGCAGCUCCUGAACCACCGUUCAUCUGCUGCGCGCAUCUCUUUCAGUCCGAGGAGGAGGUUUGAUCGGUCUUUUAAAAUAAAAGAAUAGACGUAGUCUCUAGUCUUCAGUGAAGAAGAGGAUUCUCCGGGUCUUUCGGACUCGGACUGAGAGUUCAGUAACUUGCUUUACUUUUUGGACAGAUUCUGCUGUCAUCUGGGACUUUCUGAGAGUGGAAAUGAUGAUGCCAUGAGAUUCAUAUUUAGAGGUUUUACUUUGUGAUGAUUGAGAAAAGAGAUUACAUUAGGUUAACCUUGAAGGUAAUAAAAUGGAAAUAUGAAAUGAAAUGUUUCAAAUCAAUUAAAGUCUGCAGAUAUGUAUCUGACGUGUGUGUGAUGUCUAUGACUCUGGUGCCUGUUUACACAAUCAUACAGAGUUUAAAUAAUAAUUUGGCAUACAAAGAGAAAAUUAUGCUUUAUUAUCACCAAAUAUUGGAUUAAAUCUUUUUUUGAUUAUGAAAACUACAAGUGUGACUUUGUACCAUUUUGUACAAAAUAAAACAUCUAAAAACAAA